UCUUGAUCUCACAGUUUUGGUAUGCGUGAGAAAAACAAGGACAUAACGGAAAGGAAAUAAACUAGGAAUAUCUGUUACCGCUUGAGAAAUGGUUUGAAUGCGGACCCAUCCAGACUAGAACCCAGUUCCCACUUCCAUGAUAUUUCGAGAAUACGUACAGAGUGUGGGUAGAUAUUUUGUAAAAAGGAAAGCCAACAUGCGGACUUCAUUUUUUUGCAUCUUGGUCCUCGGCAUUUGCGGUUUGAGUCUCAUGGAAUUCGCUCAAGGCACUGAUACUUCGAAGAAGCUCCAAAUCGGAGUGAAGAAACGCGUCGAGAAUUGCCAAAAGAGAUCGAAGAAAGGCGAUAUCCUGAAAAUGCACUACACUGGAUCCUUAGAAGAUGGCACCGAGUUCGAUUCCAGCAUUCCACGUGGCGAACCUCUGUCUUUCACGCUGGGAUCUGGACAGGUGAUCAAAGGAUGGGACCAAGGACUCAUGGGCAUGUGUGAGGGAGAGAAGCGAAAGCUAGUGAUCCCAUCCGAUUUAGGUUACGGCGCGUCAGGCUCUCCUCCUAAAAUUCCCGGGGGCGCCACUUUGAUCUUUGAAGUGGAAUUAGUUGGCAUUGAGCGAAAAGGCGAAUUGUAACCAACCAUCCACUUUGGCUGGAUAAAAAUCACAUUCAAUAAAAGCCAAAACAGUCGAA